AGGGAGACGGCGCAGUGACAGGACCGCCGAAGGUGCUGCUGAGGCGACGAUGGCAGAGGGGCCGGAGGAAGCCCGAGGCCGCCCUCCUGGGCAGGACGACGGCGGAGGAGACCCCGAGCCCGUCCCUUCCCUGAGAGGCUCUCCUGCCGCCGCCGCCCCACGGCCCCGGGACGGGCCGCAGGCCGAACCCCAGGCCCCGGGCAGGCCCCCUGUCCCGGGCCUCGCGCCCGCCGCGGGCACCACUGAGGAGUCGCAGCCGCUGCGCGAGCCCGGGAAGUGCGGGGAGGCGGCCCCGGGCCCUCGCGCGGGGCUGCAGGAGCCGGCAGGCCGCGAGGUGCCCGAGGCCGCCGCGCCGCGAGAGAGGCCGGCGCGGCUGAGCGCCCGCGAGUAUUCCCGGCAGGUGCACGAGUGGCUGUGGCAGUCCUACUGCGGCUACCUCACCUGGCACAGCGGCCUGGCCGCCUUCCCCGCCUACUGCAGCCCCCAGCCGCCCCCGCCGAGCUACCCCUCGGGCGGUGGCGCCGCCGUCCCCCAGGCCGCGGCGCCACCGCCCCUCCAGCUGGGCUAUUACAACCCCUUCUACUUCCUGAGCGCCGCAGCCGCAGGGCCUGACCCGAGCGCGGCUACCGGCAUCACCGCCGCUGCUCCGGCCGCGGGCCUGGGAGCCCGGGCUCCGCACGGGCAGGGACCCGUCCGGACAGCCCCAGUGACCAGAGUGGGAUCCGGCGCCCCUUCGCGAAGCCCGAGCGAGACCGGGCGGCAGGCAGGCAGAGAGUAUGUUAUUCCAUCCUUGGCCCACAGAUUUAUGGCAGAGAUGGUGGAUUUCUUUAUUCUCUUCUUUAUAAAAGCAACCAUUGUCUUAAGCAUUAUGCACCUCAGUGGAAUAAAGGAUAUCUCUAAGUUUGCUAUGCAUUAUAUAAUAGAAGAAAUAGAUGAAGACACAUCAAUGGAAGACUUGCAGAAAAUGAUGAUUGUGGCUCUUAUAUACAGACUGUUAGUUUGUUUCUAUGAGAUAAUUUGCAUUUGGGGAGCAGGUGGAGCUACCCCAGGGAAGUUCCUGCUCGGCCUUCGCGUGGUGACAUGUGACACAUCAGUGCUUAUUGCACCGAGUCGGGUUUUAGUGAUUCCUUCCUCAAAUGUUAGCAUUACAACGUCUACUAUACGAGCUUUGAUCAAGAAUUUUUCUAUUGCUUCUUUUUUUCCUGCUUUCAUCACACUGCUGUUUUUUCAGCAUAAUCGAACAGCCUAUGACAUUGUGGCAGGAACCAUUGUGGUAAAAAGAAAUGGGGUCAGAUGAUGCCUCCAAAAGCCCUGAAUUCCAUACUCUCUGGAGUAACAAGACUAAAUUAUGUGUCAAGGCCAUCGGUAUCCCUGAGUUACACUAAUUGAUGAUUUAGAAAUUAAAGCAGUCGCUCCAGUGUGAUGCAGGUGACUAUUCUGAAAGUAUUGACUUUACUUGAAUGCCAAAGAACUUUUCCAGAAGAAAAACCUGUUAAAUUCAAGUGUUAAAAAUUUUCAGAUCGAAAAGGCGGCAAGUGGUUUUAAAAUCAACAAUGGACAAUAUAUACUUUCUUAAGAUCUAAGGCUUUAGAAUUUGCUGAAAGCAUUUUCAGCUGUGAAAUCGCCAGAUGAAACUUUCAAAAAUUUAUUUUGGUUUAUCCCAAAAUGAUGGAAAAAGUCCAGUUGUGUUUUGUAAACACAUUAACUCAUCUUUAGUUAACACUUCUUGGGGUAAUUGUUUUUGCUUUUGGGGAGUUGGGAGUGGAGACACAAAUUUGGUAAUGCACUUGGCCCCCGGCCUAGGAGGAAGUGAGUUAGCUGCAAGACAAAGGGGCAGACAGGCAGGCCUAGCAGUUCCCUCACCUGAAGUUUGCAGAUCUGGACUGCAGUGUAUUGCAGGAAUGAUGUCACUUUACAAGUACUGUUCCUGUUCAACACGUGUUUGGGGCAAGUUUUGCAUGACGAUGAAAAGUAUUCAGCCCUACUGCUCUACUAUCAUUGAUUAUUUUUAAAGAAAAGGUAAGUUAGUGAUUGCUUUUAAAGGGGGAGGGGAGGGUCACCUAAAUUUUCACCGUAAAUUUAAGUUGAAAUUCAUGUGCAAGUGUUUUUAGUGCCCUAAAUCAAAUGAGAAGUAUGUGGGGGGAAGGACUUCAUCAAAUUGUUGCAUAUUUACUGUAAAACAAUAUUCCCAGUAUGUGUGCGGCAUGAAGCAGGUGUUAGUGCUGUUCAGUGUCCUGAAUGUACCUUCUAUUUCUACACCAGGUAGUCACAUACUAGCUAGUUUCUUUUUAUUAUAUUUUAUAUAGUUCCAUGACUUUUGAAACAUCAAGGAGUUAAAUAUUAAUCUUAGUAUUUCAUGAUAAAAUACUAGUAGCCUGUGAAAUAUUAGCAGUUUUCCCAUUAUGAACUGUUCUUUCUACAACAAAGACAAUUACCAUUUCCAUACAUUUUUCUAAGUUUUGGGGGCCUGCCAGGGAUGAUGUUUUGAGGGAAUUGUUAAGUAACACUUUGUGUAUUACAUUUUAAUUUAUUCUUCUACUGAAACAAAGCUUAGUGUUUUAAAUACGUGUGCAUGCUUUUGUUAAAUGGCCCAGUUAACAGUGUUGAGAUAUAUCUGAGAAAUUUUAUUUCUUUGGCAUUUUUUCCAACCCUGACAUUGUUUUCCCAAAAAACACUAGCCUGUCUUGGAUACUUCAUAAUUAGAUUGCUUAAAAGAUCAAUCUGGACUUUAUUUUUGGUCUCAAAUAGCAAACACACGACAUGUGGGUUUUUUCUUUCACUUUAAAACUGAAAAUAUUCACAUUUGAUGUCUAUAGAAACCUGAACAGCACCCUUAUUAAUCUUUUUAUUGUAAAAUUUCAUAAACCAUGUUUUUCAAAAUUUUUUAUUAAAUCAACAUCACAGAAAGCCUAUUAAAUGUGUCAAAGUACUCAACAGAUCACUCACUUGUAGCCCCUGGGAAGAUGCGCUAUUUCCCCCGCUAUUUAGGAUUGGGAAAAAAGUACAUAUUUGAGGGCCCCCUUAUUUAAAUGUUUGGCCCUUCACAGUAGAAAGACACAGUAGGAAAUGUUACGUAAACUUACCACUCAGUACUGUAUACGUUAGCAUCAGUGGAUACCGCUCUCUUGGCCACUGAUGGAGAAUUCAACUUGAAGUAUCCUUCAGCCAUGUAGCUCUGGAAUAGAUCUUUAAUGUAGAACUUCCUCUCAGAUAAUUAGAAGGUUCACCAUCUAGGCUAUUUUUAUUUCUAUUGCCAAACAAAAGCAAGUAGCCCAGUUUAAUUCUUACAGUAUUGCACAUUUGCUAUAUAUGAGUUAUUUAGAAUCCUAGCUGGAUGUAGGUUCAUUUAGAUCCAUCUUGGGAUCCAAGUUAUAUACCCUGAUAAAAUAAAUACAAGUUCUGUUACUGCUAUUCUGCCUUUCUAACAAAAUGCAAGUGUGUUUGUAUUUUCAAUUGGGCACACAGGAAAAGAGAUUUUGAUUUCCAAAUCAUUGGGGGGAAAAUGACAAAUUAGUGGGGAAGAAGGGAGAGUCACUUUUUUCUCUUAGGGCUGUGAGGGGUUGAGCCUCCGUCUUUUCAAAAACACUUCUCUAUUUUUUUCAUUUCUAGAAAUACUGAUUUUCUCUGUCCAAGUAUAAUUCUCAUGCUGAAACUCUAGCCUAAAAAGGCAAAAAGAAAGUUGUUUUCAUAGUACAAACAUUAUUCAUCACUUUUACAAGAUAAGUCAUAAGGGAAUAAAUAUUAGAAGUCAAGCCAAGUAAGACCACUUGCAGUGAAUAUGGCCUGAAUAAAACCGCAGAACAGGCAGUUAGCGUGGGCAUCUAGAAAAUCUCCAUACCCAGGACUACGGGCGGCUGGUGCACCUUGAGAAAAGUCUGACGCACUAAGUCCAUGCUGGGCUUAGGGAAGUAAAUGGGAGGGUAGUAAGCCUUGAUUUUUAGAACAAGCUACGGCUAUAAAAAUAAAGCCAACAACUUUUUGGACAGUAACGCGUUAUAAAGUAUUACCCAGCUGCUGCUUGUAUCGCGCUGGUGCAAAAGUCACUUGUUUCCACCUAAACACUUACUUUCCAGUUUUCCCCCGCUAUUUAGGAUUGGGAAAAAAGUACAUAUUUGAGGGCCCCCUUAUUUAAAUAACACGAUCAGGUCUUUAGUGAUUAUUGCUUUACAUGACAAGUAAAAGUUGUUUUAACUCUGCUUUAAAAGGACUUGUUCCCUUAAGUGACUUGUGUGGGGGUUUUACUCAUGCAUCAGUAUUUCCAGCAACAGGAAAGAAGAAAGGAGUUGAAAAUACUUGCGAGUACUGGGCUUUGUGAGAGAGACAGGGAUAUUAAAUAUUUUCAGUCCACACUUAGCCCUAUUAAAACAGGCUGUUGUUUCUUUUGAAAAAUAUGCCCAAAUAAUACAAGUAUUCCUAAAACCUGACAAGUACCAUUUCAGGUACUUGCCAUUCCCCGUCCCCUGUACCAAAGGCCAAAAUCUUCGCACUCUGUGCUUGCCUGGGUGAAGUUCCUCAUUCCAAACUGUGUUAUUUGUAUAUCCUCGCAGCUCAUUAGAGUAGGGCUUGACCCACGAACAGUAUCUGAUGGCCUGCCUAUAAAUAAAAUUCAGCAUUCUAUUUUUAAUAAUUUGUAUGCCACCUUUGUAUUCUUUAUCUCAAUAAAUACUUGAUCACCAA